AUGAAGACGGCUGCUAGUGUCAGAGGAAAGCGGAGAUCGAUGUCAAUCUCAUGCGACUCCAUUGUCACGUCAAGGGUAACGAGCGCAACGUCGAACAUCCAAAUAGGGUUGUUCAAUUGGCCGAGCACAACGCCGCUUCCCGGUUCGGUGCUCAAGACGGACGGGCUCGGAAACCUGACAUUCGAGGUUCCGAAUGUGCACACCAGCGUAGACACCGCGGCGCCGGCGUACGCCAUCAGUACCUCCGACGACAUCGUGGCCGUAGCGGGAACUCUGGACACGACGCUGACCCUCCCAGAUCCAUCGUCGAAGGUAGUGGGAGAUUUGAUAGUCGUGGUUAAGGAAGGUGGUGGUGAUAACAGCGUCACCGUCGUACCAUUCGGCACAGAGCUGCUGUCGGGAGGUUCCUCCGUGGUGCUUUCGCAGGCAUAUGGCUCGCUCAAGAUUUACACAAACGGGACUGACUGGUUUGCGCUAUUUUAA